AUGUCUCUGAUAGUCUCGUUGUUUGUGGUGACGUUGGUGACUCAGUGCUGGACGGCUCCACAGAGGAGGAACUGGACUCCUCAGGCCAUCUUAUACCUGAAAGGAGCACUGACUCACAAACUGAGAGGUGAUGGACUGGUGUUAUCCUGGGCCUCAUCCGUCCUCCUGCAGCUUCUGCAGCGAGCCGUGGAAGGAGGUGGGAACCAAUUAGACGAUUAUCCAGACAAAGAGGAGCUGCAUUUCAACUAUUUGUGA